GAGCUCUCUGAUUAGUGGCUGAAUAAAAAGGGGUGUGAUUUCUCAUAACUUUUUCUGAUGCUUGCCUGCAGCGACAUUUUGCUGCAGGCGGCGGCAUGGAGGGCGAAGUGCGCUGUGCAGUCUGACGUGAAGUGGAAAAAAUAUUAUUAAUAUUUUUAUUCAGGGACAAAACUGAAAAAGUCAGCUCGUUCACUCUGCGUCACUGUGACAGGAGCAGCGGCAGCAUGGACGUCUGCGUCAAACCUUUGUGCUACGAGCUGCUGGCAGAGGUCGGAGUGGGCUCGUACGGUAAAGUGUAUAAAGCCCGAGAGGCCGCAGGGAAGCAGCGACUCCUGGCGGUCAAGAAGUUCAAUAUCCGCGGAGACGCGUCGGAGGCCGGCAUCCCCGCCGACAUGAUCCGCGAGGUGGCGCUGCUGCGUAAGAUGAAGCACUUCAACCAUCCCAACAUAGUCAAGCUGUUGGAUGCGUCUGCUGUAGCAGUGGGCAGCAGCUUGGACCUCACUCUGGUGUUGGAAUACAUUGACCAGGACUUGUCCACCUACCUGUCCAAAGUCCCUUCUUCUGGACUGAGCCGUGACAGUGUUAAGGAUGUGAUGGAGCAGCUGCUGCAAGGAUUAGACUUCCUGCACACAAACCUGGUGCUGCACCGUGACCUAAAACCAGAAAACAUCCUGGUCAGCAGCCGCGGAGAAGUCAAGAUUGCAGACUUUGGACUGGCACGCAUCUACACCUUCAAUAUCGCUCUCACUCCAGGUGUGGUGACGCUGUGGUACAGAGCUCCCGAGGUGCUCCUGAACUCCGUCUACAUGUCCUCAGUGGACAUGUGGAGCGCCGGCUGCAUCUUCGCUGAGCUCCUUCUCUUGAGACCACUGUUUCAGGGAUACACAGAAGCACAGCAGCUGCAAAAAAUCUUUGAGGUGAUUGGUUUGCCCAGCGAGGAAGACUGGCCCAAAGACAGCCCGAUCUUGUACUCCAUCAGCUGGGGAACAGAAGGCUCGUGCACCAAGCUGCUGCACAACCUGGGCCCGAAUGAGCACAACCUCCUAUCCCAAUGUUUGGCAUUCAGGCCGAGCAGUCGCAUCUCAGCUGCCAGAGCCCUGGCUCAUCCUUUCUUCAUGAAGCACUGAAGAGUAUCAGUCGAAUGCUGAGUGGAAGAAGAAGAACUUCAGCUCCUUCUGCUUCCUGCUCCACUCUACUGUCAGCUGUACUAACUAGCCUUGUGCCAUAAAAUCCACCGUAAUAAACGCCUGCAUCAUGAGAGGCCGGUCAGGCUUCUGGGGACAACUUUACAGCUUUUGAACAUCUGUAAAUCAAAAACAAAUUUUGUCCUGACUGUCUGAUACAAAAUCUUCAGCAUAGUAAAGACCUGAGACAUUUUUGACGGAUUGCACCCUAACAGUUAAGUACUUCUUUGUUGUUGUUGUUGAGUGUUACUAUUAAAAAUAUGAAUUCUGUUUUGCUGUCAAACUACUGACACUGACACUAUUAUGAGCACCUUUACGUUGAUGAGUUAGUAUAUGUUGUUUCACCCAAGCUUUUUUGUUCGAGACUUGUACGCUGAUGGAAUUUUUUUUUUUUUUUUUUAGAUAUUUAUGGUGUAAUGACAGGAACAGAUUACACCUGUAUUUAGGUUUGUAUCGACCGAUUACGAUUACGAGAUAUUUCUCUACAUGAGUUACACUGUUCAUUUCUAUAAAGAAUUGUCUCUCAAACCGUCUCUGCAUUUGAAAUCA